CAAAUGUGAAAUCCGAGCAAAGAAGUAUAAUACAAACAUAACCAUAUUUUCCAGUGACACAACUGUGUUCUAUUCCAUCCUUUGAAACCCAUCAUUGCUACAAAAUAACUAGUGUGGCGUGUUUCUUUAAAUGGCACGAACGACCAGGCGAGCGUCAAUCAUUGUCGGUCUAGUCCCUCCCUUUCCUGCAGCAGCUUUCUCAGCGACCCCUAGACAGACAGAACGCACAACAGAAGCAGAGAGUGAGCGGAGAUGUGACCACAAUGUGCUCUGAUAAUUAACACUGAAAAUGGGAUAAAGGAGCGAAAGCGACAGCAAAUCCUAUUCGUCUCUGAGCGCAAAUUAAAGGCAUAGUCAUUUUGCCUGGAAAGUUUUUUUUUUUUUUACUUUUUUCUACCCCAUAGGUAAUUUCCAUUCUGUCUAGUGCUGGCAAGCUACAAAAGAGGAGGCUGGAGCAGCCGGGCAAAUGAUGGAAACGGGAUGUCGCGCUACGAAUGGACACGGGACAGCACUGGAGUAUGAAUCGAAUGCUAAAACGGAAUGAAGGAAUAUUCAAUCGCUGUCGAAACGCGUCGGUUUCUACGCGUCCUUUCGUGAACACACACAGGAGUUGCUUUUUAUAAGACCACUCUCGGCCCGGAGGACAGAUGCUGUCAUUGUGUUGGGGUCCGAUAUUUUUUCACCGUAAAUGCUGCAAGUGGUGUUGUUGGAAUGAUGCGAGCAACAUUAAGAAUGUGCACGGGUUUAUUGCCAUCAUUUCCCAAUAGGUUCGUUGAGGGUCAAGAGAAAGCUCUUGCGAGUGUUGACAAAAUAAAACGUUGUGGUGACAAAAUCAGAAAGGAGUCAUCAAGACACCUGAGGACAAUCUCAGAAAAUUCUUGAGGGAAGGUGGCUUUGAUAUGCUAUUGUCUUAUACUGCAAAUGGGCACAUUGCUGGUUUGUAGUCCUCAUUUAGUUACAAACAAAUCAACGUGACAGGACUGGAAGAAGAGUAAGAGUGUGUAUUUAUUCCUUGGAUCUGUGGCAAAAAUCUGUGUAGUUCCUGUCAGCAAUGGUGGAGCCAGUGGGUUUCAUUGAAGCUUGGAAAGCACAGUUCCCUGAGUCUGAACCUCCCAAAAUGGAGCUGAGGUCCGUGGGAGGCAUUGAGCAGGAACUGGAGAAGUGCAAAGCCUCCAUCAGGCGCCUGGAGAUGGAGGUAAACAAAGAGCGUUUCCGCAUGAUCUACCUGCAAACGCUGCUGGCCAAAGAGCGCAAGAGCUACGACCGCCAGCGCUGGGGCUUCAGGAAGGCCUCUCUGAUGGCCGAGAUGGGCGAGCAGCAGGCCGUCGUGUGCGCUGGAGACCCCCAACAGCCUCCGCAGCUCCACGCGCAGGAGCAAGGCGAGCGCAGCCGCUUCCAGCCGGUGGGAGAGACCCGCUCCAAACCCAGGCCUCCGCCUGCCAGGAAGUCUGCCUCCCACGGCGACGGUCUGGAGCUCCAGUCGGCAUUCGAGCUGGUUCAGCCGGGAGCGGGAGGCGGCAGCGAGACAGACGGCCUCUCGCCUUCCAAACAACGGGGUGGAGUCUCUCCGCGCAGGCCGCACCCCCCACCAGAGAAGGACCUGCCCUCUGACCCCUCUUCCAAGGACAAGCAGGGCAUGGGGCUGGGCGUAGCUGCUCUUCGCUCCAACUUCGAGCGGAUCAAGCGAGCCAACUCGCACUCCUCGGCAGACAGCAAAGCCAGCCAGGAGAAGCAGCCAUUCUACGCCAAUAUGGAGUUCCACCAGGAGAGGGGAUUGGUGCGGAUCAAUGACCGGGAGGUCUCCGAGAAGAUCGGCAGCCUGGGCACUCAGGCCAUGCAGAUGGAGCGGAAGCGGUCCCUACACUCACUGCCUGGGAACCUGGCCACAGUAGCUGGAGAUCUGCGUCCCAAGCCUGUCUACAGGGGGCGCUCUACUGAAAGCACCUGUGGCUAUGAUGCCGAGUAUGAGGACGGAGAGCCCAGUCCCAGAUAUCGAGCCAAUGGAGGCAAACCGCAACAACCACAGCCACCACCGUGGCAGCCGUCUGAGUUCCAACCUUACACCAGCGUGUACGUGGGUGGGAUGGUGGCUGGCGAGGGAGUAGUCAUGAGGGAACACGGAGGAGUUGGAGAUGACCACCAACUGACCUGGCCCCGCCGGUCCUAUUCACCGGGGAGCUUCGAGGAUGCAGGGGGCGGAGGCGGGGGCUACACGCCGGACUGCAGCUCCAACGAGAACCUGACGUCCAGCGAGGAGGACUUCUCCUCGGGACAGUCUAGUCACGUGUCACCCAGCCCCACUGCCGCGUACCGACGACCCUUCCGUGACAAAAGCCGCUCGCCCUCACAGAACUCCCAGAAUUCCCAGCAGUCCUUCGACAGCAGCAGCCCGCCCACCCCCCAGUCCCAAAAACGCCACCGCCAACAGCAGGGCCACGUGGUCGUCUCCGAGGCCACUAUCGUCGGCGUCCGCAAAACUGGACAGAUCUGGCCACCUCACGAAGGAGACUCCACCCCAUCAAAAAGGGCCUCCCAUGACAACAGUUUCCAUGGAGACAUGGAAGGCCAGUUCACGGGGACUCCGCCGACCUACGGCUACGACGCGGACCGCGCGGAGGAGCAGCGGCGGCACCAUGAAAUGAUGCCGUACAUCGACGACUCGCCCUCGUCCUCUCCGCACCUGAGCUCCAAGAGCCGCAGCAGUCGAGACACGCUCUCCUCGGGAUCGCUCGAGUCCGCCAAGUCUACGGAGCUGGACCUUGAGAAGGGGCUGGAGAUGAGGAAGUGGGUCCUCUCCGGAAUCCUGGCCAGUGAAGAGGCGUACCUGAGCCACCUGGAGGCGCUGUUGCUGCCUAUGAAGCCACUGAAGGCAGCUGCCACCACCUCCCAGCCUGUCCUCACCAUCCCUCAGAUCGAGACCAUCUUCUUCAAAGUGCCUGAGCUCUACGAGAUCCACAAGGAGUUCUACGAUGGCCUUCUACCCAGAGUGCAACAGUGGAGCCACUGCCAGCGUGUGGGCGACCUCUUCCAGAAGCAAGCCAGCCAGCUCGGCGUUUACAGGGCCUUCAUUGAUAACUACGAGGUUGCUGUGGAGACGGCCGAGAAGUGUUGUCAGGCCAACACGCAGUUUGCAGAGAUCUCUGAGAACUUGAAGGUUAGGGGUUCCAAGGAGUGCAAAGACCAGGCCUCAAAGUACUCUCUGGAAACUCUUCUGUACAAACCAGUGGACCGAGUUACCAGGAGCACUUUGGUGUUGCAUGACCUUUUGAAACACACUCCGUCUAGCCACCCAGACCACCCUCUGCUACAGGAUGCUCUCCGAAUCUCUCAGAACUUCCUGUCCAGCAUCAAUGAGAAAACCACCCCCCGACGCCAGUCCAUGACCGUGAAGAAGGGAGAGAACCGGCAGCUGCUGAAGGACAGCUUCAUGGUGGAGCUGGUGGAGGGACAGCGGAAACUCCGUCACGUCUUCCUCUUCACCGACCUGCUGCUCUGCGCCAAGCUGAAAAAGCAGAUCGGAGGGAAGAGUCAGCAGUAUGACUCCAAGUGGUACAUUCCCCUGUCAGACCUGACCUUCCAGGCGUCGGAUGAGUCCGAGCCGUUGUCCAUCCCCCAGGUGGCGGACGAGGAGCUGGAGGCCAUGAAGAUGAAGAUCUCCUCACUGAAGAGCGAGAUCCAGAGGGAGAAGAGAGGGAACAAAAGCUCAAAGGUGAUGGAGCGCUUGCGGAAAAAGUUGUCUGAGCAGGAGUCUCUGCUGCUGCUUACCUCCCCCUACAUGUCCCUCCGGCUGCACAACAGGAGUGGCAAGGGCUACACGUUCCUGAUGUCUUCUGACUAUGAGCGGGUAGAGUGGAAAGAGAUGAUCCGGGAGCAGCAGAAGAAAUGCUUCAAGAGCAUCUCUCUGACUUCCAUGGAGCUGCAGAUGCUGACUAACUCUUGUGUGAAGCUGCAGACUGUCCACCACAUCCCUCUCACCAUUAACAAAGAAGAGGAUGAGUGCCCUGGCUUGAACGGAUUCCUGAAUGUAAUUGUCCACUCUGCCUCUGGCCUCAAACAGAGCUUAAAUCUCUACUGCACACUGGAGGUGGACUCGUUUGGGUACUUUGCGAAUAAGGCCAAGACGAGAGUGUACCGCUACACCACAGAGCCUAAAUGGAAUGAGGAGUUUGAGAUUGAGCUGGAGGGCUCCCAGACCCUGAGGCUGCUGUGCUACGAGAAGUGCUACAACAAGACCAAACUGAACAAGGAGGACGGAGAGAGCACUGACCGCAUCAUGGGCAAAGGCCAAAUCCCAUUGGACCCUCAGACCCUCCAGGGCAAAGACUGGCAGCGGACCGUCAUACCUAUGAAUGGGAUUGAAGUGAAGCUAUCCAUGAAGUUCACCAGCCGUGAGUUCAGCCUGAAGAGAAUGCCUUCAUGCAAGGAGAUGGGCGUGUUCGGAAUCAAGAUCUCCGCGGUGACCAAGCGUGAGCGGUCCAAGGUGCCCUACAUCGUGCGUCAGUGCUUGGAGGAGAUUGAGAGGCGGGGCAUGGAGGAGGUGGGCAUCUACCGCGUCUCCGGAGUGGCCACAGACAUCCAGGCCCUGAAAAACGCCUUCGACACAAAUAAUAAAGAUGUGUCGGUGAUGAUGAGUGAGAUGGAUGUCAAUGCCAUCGCUGGCACACUGAAGCUGUAUUUCCGGGAGCUUCCGGAGCCCCUCUUCACUGAUGAACUGUACCCCAACUUCGCUGGGGGCAUCACAGUGUCUGAUAGCGUUGCCAAGGAGAGCUGCAUGCUGAACCUGCUGCUGUCUCUGCCUGAGCCCAAUCUGGUCACCUUCCUCUUCCUGCUGGAUCAUCUGAAGAGGAUUGCGGAAAAGGAGUGCGUUAAUAAGAUGUCCCUGCAUAACCUGGCCACCGUCUUUGGCCCUACUCUGCUCCGGCCGUCCGAGAAGGACAGCAAGAUCCCCACCAACCCCACCCAGCCCAUCACCAUGGGAGACAGCUGGUCACUAGAGGUCAUGUCACAGGUCCAGGUUCUGCUCUACUUCCUUCAGCUUGAGACCAUACCCACCCCUGACAGCAAACGACAGAGCAUCCUCUUCUCCACAGAGGUGUAGAUCGAGUGCCACCACCCUCUCCGAACAGUACCGCAAGAUCAGGACACAAGACUGAAACAUUUGCUGUGGCCACUGGCGUAGUAACAAGAGGCAUAAACGUCUCAUCCUGCUUUUUUUAAGGUGACAGAAACUGUCAACUCCAACUGUAAGCUCUAGCUUUGGCCACUAGAUGGCGCUAAUGACCUGUACACAGACCAGAAGAGGGCAAUGCUAUCUCCCCCCACCACAACUCACACCCUUCAAAACUCAUACACACCGAUCUCAUCCCUGUGACAACACACCACCGCGUCCGUGUGUCUGUGUGACUCUUCACACCGCAUACUAACUUCAGAUUAUCAGUCUACAACCUCCGUGCUCCAGGCUCCCAGGCUGUUUCUGUCAGUUCGUGUCCGCUGUACAGGAUGCUAACGCCUCCGCCGUGUGUCUUGCGUAGUCUACUCUCACAGGCCACGCCGAACAGCUCGUUGUGGUGGCUAGUUUGUUGCGUUUUAGUCCUGUGUCCCUUAAAUGGCUUUCUUUUCUUUUCUGGUGUCCUUGUGAUAUUUCUUAACUUACUGUAAAGAUAAUUGGCAAAAAAAAGCACUGCUCCUUUGUCUCCAGCAUUCUAGUCCUACUGUAGGCUACAGUGAAAAGUCACAAUUACUGUGGAUUAUAUUUUGCCAAAGGGGGAAAUCCGAGAGUUUUUUCCGUUGAUUUUUCCGAGGGUUUAUACUAAUGAACAAUUCAAGCGCUGAAGAGAUUAUGAUUGCAUUGAGUAACUAUGACAUCCCAUUAAUUUCACCAAUUAACACCGAUUUGUAGGACCUGUCAGAUUGUUUAUCUUAUUUUUGGAAAAUCAUCUUCAACAUGAAAGGAGAGUCCCCCGCCAUGAAAAACGACACAAUUUUGCCAUUGAAGUAAUGCAGUACGUACUCUGCCAGUUGCUUUUUAUUUGACACAGCAAGGAAUUUACACCACCACGAAGAGCUGCCAUGCACGUAGGACCUCAAGAGGACAACAAGGGAGAGAUGAGGACUUGGAGCGAUUGCCUGAGUCAUCUGAUGCAGUUUGUUUGUUGAGCUCAACCCUGGAAAUUACACACCAUUGUGACGGAGACCGUUUGCAUAAACUGUGCAGAUCAGUCACAAAUCCAGAGGGGAAAGAGGAGAUAUAUAUAUGUGUGUGUGUGCGUGUGUGUGUGUGUGUGUGUGUGCGCGCGCUUGUGUGCGUUCGUGUGCAUGUUUGGGUAUGUGUAGUAGGGGUGCUGGACUCAGUAAAAGAAGAUAAGGAAGAACAUUAUACUCUCUCUUUGCUGAGUGGCUUCAUAGUAUGGGUCACAUUUUCAGUUUUGUCAGUAAAUCAUUGCAUUGUCUUUUGAUCAUUUAGUUUAUGGUCUCACAGGACACAACAUCCCCAGGGAUUAAUGACUGAACAUACAGGAUUUGUUCCACUUUGUGUUUGGAGGCUUCUUUAUCAAUGUUCAACACCAUUGUUGAAUUGUUGUGAUGGUCCUGCCAAAAUGUUUUGUAUUUUACUUUUAGAAAGGAAAAAAAAACUUCCGAAUUGUGUCUGUACAUAAACAUAAAAGCUUUACAUUUGUUUGUUUGAUUUUUUUUCCUUUUUUUUUUUUAAUUGUGUAAUCUCAUUGAUAAUUUAUUUGGGAUUGAUUUGGGAUUGUAAUGAAGGAAGUGAUGAACUAUAGGCCUAACUCUUCUGAAGGAACCAACUAAGUUAUCAGAUAAAAGCCCACAGGACCAAUCUCUGUACUGUUUUUUUAUGUUCAUCUCAGAUAGCCACCUUUUCACUUCCAUGCUUAGGCCAGACCGUGAAGUUUCAACUGGUUGGAGCAAAAUGCUCUUUCUCCUCCCCUUUGGAAGGAUUGUAUUAAGGGGCAACCCCCUCGGCCUUCCCCUAAGCGGCCUAUUCUGUUCAGAGUAUUGUGUACUCUUGGCAGUCACUAGCACCACAACCUCGCAUUUUGACAGAAGCGAAACUGUGCACUUACUACAGGCAAGGUGGAGGAGGACCAGCAAGUCCCUACUAUUCCUAUUCUUGGCACUUGUGUGUGUCUGCACAGUAGAUGUUCCUCUGUCCAGGGACGGAGGGAAUGCAGAGGCCUGGUUGUGUAAAACUUGUAUGUCUUGCUCUGUGUUAAUUCAAUAAUAUACAGCAGUGCCUCUGUCAUUGUGUAAGACGUUUUACGUGUUUAAGUAAUGCUGUAUAUUAGACAAUACUCUUUUUGUCAAUGAUAUGAGGUGUCCUUUUUAGACAGAGAGAGAGAGAAAAAAUUUGGAGAAGAAAACUGGAUGCUUUAUUGAAGGAGUUUUUUUUUUUUUCUGGAGGAGAAUAGUAUACAAUCUUUAGCCCCAUCAACUUCUAGCAGUUUCCUUUAUGCUGUGCCAAUACAGUGUCACACUGCUUGCUUCUCUGUAUCCUUACAAAUAAACUCAGUUAUAAGUUAAUGCUCCCUCACAUGUCCUACACUGUUUGUAAGAUUGGAUUGGACACGUUACUGUGUCGGGACUCCUGAUUGGACAGGUUUGUGAGGAGAUACUGUGAUUGGUUACUGGACAUCUGAAGGAACUGCUUGGAAUAGUGUGGUAAUAAAGAAUCAAGAGAGGCUUAAGUGAUUUGGUUUAACAUGCAGGCAUGUUUAUUAAAGAAGCUUUUUUUUCUCUUCUGAUCUGUGUUUUCUUAAACGUGUUGUCCUUCUGUAUGAUGUUCUAAUGACACCGAAUAAACCUACUGUAUACUCGCUACUGUAGGGUGAUUUACAAACAAACCUGGAAACAUUUGAGUAACAUCUGCAACAAAGAGAUUGAAAAGGAAAGAAAUAAUCCUUUUUUUGGUAUGCAUAUUGUUCUGACCGCUGUUAAAAUGAAAGAAAUACUGAAAAAUAUCUUCAUGCUUCAUAUCAUAAAUAAAAUGUCACUUUUUGUUUAGCAGUGAAACCAACUGUAUACUGUUGGAGUGCAUUCCAAAAUAUACAUUUUGAAGGAAA